AUGCUGGCAAUUGUGGGGUUGCUCCUUGGGCUGCUGUCCCUGGUUAGCGGCAGUGUCAAAUGCCGGUGUCAACCAGGCGACGCAUGCUGGCCUUCGGAACACGAUUGGAAAGCCUUGAAUGACUCCAUCCACGGUCAUUUGGUUCGAGUGCGCCCGAUCGGCCACAUCUGCCAUGAACCCUUCUAUAACCGUACCUCCUGCAAUGAGCUCGCUCGUUUGCAAUCCGACGCUAAUUGGCGCGCAGCGCAACCAGGAGCCCUGCAAAGCUUCAACUGGGAGAAUUGGCCUCAAAAGCACGAGAGCUGCGCCAUCGAGGCCAAUCCAAACUCGACAUGUCAGCAAGGGCGCAUACCGUGGUACUCCGCAGUGGUCCACUCGGUCGACGAGAUCCAGGAAGCAGUCCGAUUUGCCAAGCAAAGAAAUCUCCGGUUGGUCAUCAAGAAUACAGGUCAUGACUCCUGCGGUCGCUCCGGUGCCCCCUAUUCUCUCCAGAUUCUGACAAAUCGCCUGAAGAACAUCACCUUCCAUAACGACUUUGUCGCCUCUCGGGGGCACUCUAGAGUAAAUAUCUCGGCCAUCACUAGGGUCCCAGCCGUCACGAUAGGGGCCGGGGUCAUGGUAGGCGAGCUUUACGCAGCGGCAGCUUCCCGAGGGUAUAUUGUUGUAGCGGGAGAGUGUACCACGGUGGGGGUUGCCGGGGGAUACCUUCAAGGGGGCGGAGUAUCAACUGUCCUGAGUCCAAUGUACGGCUUGGCAGCAGACCAUGUCCUAGAACUGGAGGUGGUGACUGCACAGGGUGACUUGAUCAUUACAAAUGAUAACCAACACCAGGAUCUGUUCUGGGCCCUCAAAGGAGGCGGAGGGGGCACCUACGGCAUUGUCACCAGAGCCACAAUGCGAGCAUUCCCAGAUAUGCCGUCCGUUAUAUCCACCAUCCAUUUCACAUCCACAGAGGCAGAUGAUAGAUUUUGGCAGACCGUAACACACGUUGUGAGCCUGACUCGGUCUAUGUCUGUCAACGGAAACUCCGGGCAGUACAUAGUAGGUCGCCUGUCGAACUUCCACUGGUUCGUUAACUGGACCAUGUUUGUGCUGAACGAGACCAAUUCACAAUUGGUCGAUAGCCAGGUUCGGCCCUUCCUAAGCCUUCUCGGCUGGCUUGGAAUCAAGUACCAGUACCAUUCUACUGUGUACCCCAAGAUCAGCACCUUCCUAGCCAUCCCCAAACAGGCAGAUAUUGGCGGAGUCGGAUACCUGCAGAGCAGUAAAGUGGUGUCGGAGUCAUUUAUGGCUAGCAUCCGCGGCCCCUCAGGUCUGGUGGCGUCCCUCUCGAAGCUUGCAUUGGAUCCUGGUGCGCUGGUGACGGUCAAUGUGCUUGGCGGACAGGUGAACAUCAACACCAGUGGGAUGCAUACCUGUGUACAUCCCAAUUGGCGGUCAUCUGCCCUCCUGGUAGUCUUGAUGCAAUCAUUCCCCCCCACGUUCCAAGCGCAAGCUGCUGCACUUGAGAAGCUUAUCCGAGUAAAUGCGCCGGUUCUCACCUCGAUCGACCCAGGCAGUACCGGGGUCUAUUUCAACGAGGCCGCCCCCACGCAGGACGACUUCCAGACGGCUUUCUGGGAUCGCCACUAUGAGCGGCUACGGCGCAUCAAGAACCAGUGGGAUAUAGACGGAUUGUUCAUGGUCCGGAACGGGGUAGGCAGCGAAGAUUGGGAUGUGGAGGGCAUGUGCCGGAAGAACACGACCGCACGGUCCUCGAGACCAAACUAUCGGGCAAAUGCUUUGCCAUCGUAGGCUGGUGGUAUUGCCCGAGGCCAGGGAUGGAAAGGCCCAGAGUAUUUCAGUAGAUACUCAAUGUUAGCUGACCCUGUUGUAAAUCUGCAACUCUAGUCUCCUUCUGAAUGCGGCAGCGUUUGAUCUCCAUAGCCUGAGACGGAUCUCCCAGAGCUGAGGCCGAAUAGGAAAAGUAAAGGGCAACUUAGAGACGCUUGGGGUAUGGUAUAAAGUUAAGAGUGCGUUGAUCCAGCCCUGGUACCACUGGCAUGGAAGUUGGGAGGCAGGAAAGAGGGUUUCUGGAAGAGGGGAAAGGUUGAAGGUCGGAUACGAACAUAUACUUUGGGGCGUUGGUUUCGGACGAGACGAUCCCAGGAGGAGGGCAUGUGACCAUGGAUGGACUCAGCCCCACCCACCAGCCACAGCCACUUGCCGAGUUCGUCGCUGCCCCGGCAGUCCUUCAGUUGGUCCCGGCUAGACCCCGCCCGGCCUAGUGCCUGCCGGCGA